ACUCAUAAAUUCAAAAUAAACAAUCUUAGAGCACAUUUAUUUAUUUCAUGAAUAUUAGAGAUAAUUAAUAUGACAGACGCAAGAGAAAUCAUAACAUUACAGUUUGGAAACUUUGCGAAUCAUGUUGGUUGUCAUUUCUGGAAUAUUCAAGAAAACUCAUUUAAUUACGACCCAACAGUAUCAGAUCUUUCCGAGAUUAAUCAUGAUGUUCUUUUUAGAGAAGGAACACAUAAUAGGAACAUCACUUACACACCGAGAAUGCUUCUUGUUGAUUUGAAAGGAACUUUGAAAUACAUUCCCGAAUCAGGAAAUUUGUAUAACCAACCACUCGAGUUAAACAAUCCCGAUAACAGUGUAUUAGAUCAAGUUCGGAGUACUAUUCAAUGGGAUGAAGAUUUCAUCGAAGUCAUGGAAACAGAACCAGUUGAAGUGCCCGAAUUUCAGAAGUCAUUGCAACAAAACGAAGUCAGAGACAAUCAAACUGCUUUCAACUUGAAAGAAACAAUCAGAGAUUGGCCUGAUUUCAUGUAUACAAGAUAUCAUCCGAAGUCGAUAAAUAUAAUUAAAGAGUAUGAGAGGAAAGAUGAAGUCUCAACUCUUGACACUUUCACUGCUGGUUCACAAUUAUUUGAAACUCCAUUUUUUGAAGAUGACUUCUGUGAUAAUAUUCGAAGCUUCAUGGAAGAAUGCAAUCACAGUCAAGGCUUUCAAACAUUCUUCGAUUGUAUCGAUGGAUUCUCUGGUGUUGCUCUCAAGUGCAUGGAACAUCUUGAAGACGAAUAUUCAAAACCAAUUUUUGCUAUUCCUUUAUUUCCAUGUAUUGUUAAAAAUUUUCAGUUUGCUGAUGAAGCCAUGAGUGAUUCAAUUAGAAUGAUAAACAUUGCAUCCUCUUUUGCAAAGUUAUCAGAACAUAGCAAUCUCUUCACACCGUUGAGUACGAUGGGACGAGCUUGGAGAACAAUUGAUGAACCGCGGAAGUUUCCUUCACUUAAUUACGAUCCUUCUAACAUUUAUCAUAGUUCAGCAAUACUCGCAACUUUCAUGGACACAAUGAGCUUAAAGUAUCGACUCAAAGAUUCAAGCUUAUUGUGUUCUCUCUCGGGAUUUUGUUCUGAACUUAAUGGCUACAAUCGAAAGAUGUCAGCAGCUAAACUUGCGAUGCCUUUUCCUAUGAAUGAAAAAGAAGAUUUAAUCGAUUUUCUUGACCGUUUCGAUGGAAGUUUAAUGGAAUCAAUAACGCCUGGAGUAACAGUUGGAAAUGAUCGAAUUGUCCAAAGUAUUUCUCUUCGUGGUGUGCCCAAAAGCCGUCUAAAGCGUCCAUUGGAGUCAGCAAAGAGUCAAAUGAAAAUGUCUGCUUAUAAAUGCACUUCAAUAAGCGAAAUGAUUCAACUUUAUUAUCAAUGCAACACCUACGCCAGUUUAUCAAAUGUUGCUGCUAUUGAGAGUCGAAUGAAAGUGAAAUCUCCGUUUCCGAAAGAAUUCUUUGAUGACAGAAUUGCAGUGAAUGGAUUUAUGAAAGAAUUUCAGAAUUCAAUUGUUGAAGAUAUCAAAGAACUUCCAGUAAUGACAGCACUUCAAACAUCAAAUGAAAUCUCAAAUGUUCUUGAAAAUCUUCACACGAAUGUUUCGAGAGUAAAAAUUGCUAAAGUUCCUCGACUUGUAGAUUCAGGUUUGGAAGUUGUAGAUUAUAAAGAGACAUUGGAACAGUUGCUGACAUUUAAAGAACAAUACGAUGAAAGUUUUUUCUUGUAAUUUACACAUAAACGUCUUUACUGUAGUUCUGAAUAAAUAAAUUAAA